AUGAGUGCCCCAAUUUACGGUCUAGAUAAGGAACUUGCUGACAAGGCGGCAUCCAAGUAUGACCCCAAGCGAGAGAUAGAGGCCAAGGAAUGGAUUGAAGCAGUCGUUGGAGAGAAAUUUCCGUCCAGUAAUUUUCAAGACAGCCUCAAGGAUGGAGUGCUUCUUGUCAAGCUUGCCAACAAAACCGUCAGUGGAUUUAAUGGAAAGGCGACUACUUCCAAGAUGCCGUUCAAGCAGGCAACUGUGGCCAUUCAAUUCCAGAUGGAAAACAUUGGCACAUUUCUGCAAGCUCUUGAUAAACUAGGUGUCCCUAAAAUGGAGCAGUUCCAAACAGUUGAUUUGUUUGAAGGCAAAAAUAUGGGUCAGGUUGUGGAUUCGAUUUUUUCUCUUUCUCGGCAUGCUGUCAAACAUGGAUUCGAUGGUCCAUUGUUGGGCCCCAAGCUUGCAGACAAGCAUGAGGUUCAAUUUACGCAGGAGCAAAUGAAUCAGGGAAAGAACAUCAUUGGCCUGCAGAUGGGUUUUGCUCGUGAUCCUAAUAUCCCAUCGGUAGCCUUUGGCGUACGCCGUGAGAUUGGAGCGCAAGAUCCAGGCAAAAAGGCUCACUAG